AUGUGGGUUGGAGUACUUGACUUAUGGGUCUUUGUUAUUCAGGGAAAUGCUUCCUCUGCCAUGGGUGUUGCUGAGGACUGCCGCAAUACAUUCUUGGAACUGCAGAGAAAGAAGGCCUUUCGCUAUGUGAUUUUUAAGAUUGAUGAGAAGGAGAAAGAGGUUGUGGUAGAAAAGACUGGAGGCCCAGCUGAAAUUUAUGAUGAUUUCACUGGUUCAUUGCCUGAAAAUGAUUGCCAAUAUGCAAUCUAUGACUUUGAUUUUGUCAUUUCAGAGAAUUGCCAAAAGAGCAAGAUCUUCUUCAUUGCAUGGUUUGUUUCUUUUGGUUAUUAUGUUUGA